CGAGCUGAGAUGAUGUGUUCGUAAUGUGUGCGUACUCACUUCAAUACGCAUUUUCCCCUAAUAUUACUACAACAAAGAAAUAAUUCCAAGUACGUCACUGUCAUCAAUCUAAAUGACGUGUGUGUGUGUGUUUUAAUGUAGUGUGUGUGUGUGAGAGGGAGAGGGAGGGAGAGGGUUGGGGUUGAAAGCAUGGAUUGAUGAAUGAACUAGUGACUGGGACUAUAAAAGGCUGAGUCCACUGACCAAGCGAGAACAAGAGGAGGAAAGUCUGCUCUGCAUCACAAGACAGACAAAUAGAAGCAUUUUACUUUACUUUUACAACUUGAGCGAGCUCAACAGGCUGCAACAGAUCUCUCCUGACAGAAAGAAGAAAAAAAAAUCAAGGAAACCAGCAGGAUUUGAAACACUCAUCAGAUCUGAGGUGGCACUCACCUGACCCACCUGUGCAGCGCAGACCAGCCCGGCUCGUCCUGUUAGUUUUGGGAAAGGUGAAAAUGCUCUGGAGACUGACCCUCACCGUGGCCGUGGUGUGUGUCGGUGGCAUAUGCAGCUGCGUGAGGGCUGAUGUAAUGAGUAGACUGAUCGUACCGAGGGACUACGGGGUGAAACUGUGCGGGAGAGAGUUCAUCAGAGCAGUCAUUUUCACCUGCGGAGGCUCCCGGUGGAAACGCUCCACGGAAGGGGACUUAGACUCUUUCCAGUGGAAUUCUCUCAGCGACAUCACAGUGGAGGACAACCAGCACACCUGGAAAAGCGGUGUAGAGCUCCCAGAGAACCGCUCUCCUCCCCACGUUGCCUCCUAUCGCUCCCUGGCAGACCUCCUAGCACUUUACGGAGCCAUGGGGGAGUGGCGGCAGCAGCAGCCCCAGUCGCUGAGUGACCCGGCCCCGCUUGAGAAGACUCCACAGCUGUCCACAGUUUUAGACAGUAGCAGUCAGGCUGCGGCGGUGGCAGCAGCUGACUGGCCCAUACCGAGUAAGAAAAAGAGGAACUUUUCUCUGGGCGUGGCAGGGAUGUGCUGUAACCAGGGCUGUACCAAGAAUGAUAUUGGACGCCUGUGCUGAGGCGGGGAAGAGAGAAGGGAGGAGAGGGAGGAGGAGAAGGGAUGGGUGAUGGCAGAGGGGUCGUGACAUGAAGGUGGUUUGAUGGACAGUAAUAGACAGCUGUGGGAACAUGUAGGAGGUAAAAGAGGAAGCUGUUUAAUUUGAUGUAGUAAGCUACUCAGUCUUAUUGCACACAUCACUCCAGCUUCAUGUCUCUCUGUCUUAAUUUAUUUAUUCUCCUUCCUUCAUAUUUUGUUAAAAAGAGAUCUGUUCUGUGUGUAUUUUGCCACCCUUUCAGCAUCCUUGACAAUAAAUUUUAAAUAUGUGUUAUAAUAUGAAAUGUUGAUCAGUAUCAUAUGUCAUUUACGUCUCUCGGUUACAUGCGUUAAAAGGAUUUGGAGCCAUCAACAGCAUCCAUAUUCUCGCCUGCAGACUCUCUGACUAAACUACCCCCGUACUAACACAGGCCAAUAUCACACAUUAAUGUCAUUUAGACUGCUGUGAACUUAUUGCCGCCCUCUGUUCACAACAUUACACCUGCCUGAUCAUUUUCUGUCAACACCCUGAGGACACCACUGCAAAAGAGUGGAUUUUUUUCUCCUUUAACCCUUUCUGACUCAGUGAAAGCACAUGUCUGACUCCCCUGAAAACCCACAAUACCAUUUGCAGUUCAAAUAGCUUUGUGUGAAAAACAAGACACAUUAGAUUUAAAAAAAAAGCACAAUUUCAUGCCCGUAGUACUGCAGUAAGUUUUGUUAAUACAAGUAUAUACAUACCAGGAAAAUACAACAUAUCCAUCUCAAUAUUUACAUGUAUAUAUACAUAAAUGUAUUAAAAGUAGCUGCGUGUUGCCAACAGAUGACAAAACCAGGCUUAACUUAAUUCAGCAACAAACUCAAAUAGAAAUAAAUGAAUGGAAGAAUAACCAUCAGUUUAUAUGUGAUGUAACACAGCAAAACACAUAUAUCACAAUAAAAGCUGUAUGAGUAAAAAAAUAUUAAUGCAAAAAAAAAAAAGAAUAAAACAAA